CUCUUAGCACCAAAUCUGCAACUUAGUAGCUUACAUUUCUCAUCAAUGAACACCUUGAAAUCCAUUCAUGUGUCCGAAGAAACCAAUCAAGCACAAAACCUCAACAAUUAUUUUUCUAUGCAGAUGUUAGAUUCAUCUGUCCAAAGUCUAAUAAAAUCAUGGAAGAGAAGGCAAAGAUGGUUGUCUAUUUUCACCACCACAUCAUCAAGCCUAGAAGAUUUGAAUAGAGCAACAUGGCGUACCCAUUUGGCCAAUUUCCUAGAAUCAACAUGGGUUCGUGUGUUUUCAAUCUCAUUGCUCAUUUUAGACCUCAUCAUCACAGUUCUUGAGCUUUCCUCCUCUUUAGUUUCAUGUGACCGGGUCAGAGACGAAUCGAGGAUUGAAGUGUGGUUCCAUUGGAUUGGAAUUGGUAUUCUGAGUCUUUUUUCAGCAAAGACUAUUGCUUUGUUUGUUGGGUUAGGCUCAUCAUUCUUCAAGCACCCAGGGUAUGUUAUGGAUGGAGUUGUGGCAAUUGGGGCUCUAUUGAUGGAAUCAUUCUUGGAGAGGAAAGGUGGCGGUUUGUUAGUUGUGGUGAGUUUGUGGCGGGUCAUUAGAGUGGCAGAGAGUGUGUUUGAGUUGAGUGAUGAGGCCAUUGAAGCUCAGAUUGCAGGGAUAGUUUGCCAGUUUGAGGAACUCAAAGAAGAGAACAUGAGGCUCUUAGAAACAAUACAUGAAAAGGAUAAGAUAAUUGAAAUGCUCACGGUGGAUUUAGAUAAGUGUAGGAGCGGAAACCCUUUCAUAAAUUCAAGAAAAUUUUGAAAUCUACACAGUAUGGUCUUGUUGUACUACUAGUUUUAGCAAAUGAUCUUGCAUCAAGUAACUUUGCCUAACUCUUUAUAUGUUGGUAAGAGAUCACAUGUUUGCUUCUUGAUCAAGUACUAGUGUGUGUUUGAUUCUGUAGUUGGGAAUCCCAUAAUCACUAUACUUAGGAAAAGCUACUUCUCGGGAGAAGCUAUAAAAUGCAACUUAUGAAAUAAUUAUGCUUGGAAUUGUGUGUUUACCGUCAAUUCAAACGUGUUAAUGAUUAGCUGGAAGGAAUGAAGGAACCAAGCUUUUUUUUGGGGUCAAAGUAAGCUAAGCUAAGUGUAAUUGCUUCAAAGCCCAAUAACGAUAAGGGAAAAUUCCAUACCCAGAAAAUGUGAGGGGAAAAUGCUGACAUACUCUAUGAAUUUUGGGUUAUUGUAAAGUCAAAU